CAGCCUGCAUUCACCACACAUCCUAAAAAUCCUGAAAUAUUCAGGGAAGGGGGAAGUAUAACCUUUUCAAGUGAUGCAAAUGGCAUUCCUGAACCAACAUUUUCUUGGACCAAGGACUGGUCUGAGGUAACUGCCGACGAUAGAAUCAGUUUAUCAGCAGAUAACAAACAACUGAGUCUUACAAAUGUGAAUAGGACAGACAGUGGAGAAUACAGAUGUGUGGCUACCAACAGUGUGAGGACAGUUUACUCAGAUGCUGCUACAUUAACAGUGCAUUGUAAGAAAACUUUUACUCACUUUUUACUUGAACCCAAUUGAAAAAUCCUAUAGCGCUAAGUAAACAUUCUUUUACAUUCCUUCCACUGCUCCUAUCCUGGAUUAUCUCAGUUACUUCAUAUGAGCACUGCCUUUCAAAAAAAGGGCUUGUCAGGUGCUCCUCUGACUUGAUUACCUUUCAGUAUUCUUUUAUUCAGAAUCGAAAAAGUUGUACAAUGCUAGAAAACACAAUUAUUCUGUAUUUGUGUUUUUUUUGCUAAUCAAAGGAGCCCUGCUUAUUUCUAUAUUCAUAUUAAUAUCUUGAUAUGAGAAGUGUCUACAUAUGUAACUCAAGUAAACUCAGUUUCUUGUACAUAGUCUUGGACUAGUGUCCAGAGUACUGCUAAGGUAAACACUGAUGCUGUCAAUCAAUAGAUUGACUGUGAUUAUAGAGUAUCUCAGUAUCACGUUUACCUCUAAAAGACUUAUUUUCUUUUGUCAACACAUAUAGCAGUCCACGCUUGGAAAUUUUUGUGCCAAUUUUGGCCAAGUUUUGUGUCCCCAGUUUCCAGUCCCUAAUUAGCAGUUCUAUAGCGCGGUCAUUUGGCAGCCAUUUUCGCUCAAGAGUCCUGGUCAGAAUUUGGCCAUUUGCGGAGGAAUGGGUACUAGGGGAGUUUUUCCCACUCAAAAACAAAUUUCUACAGGCUUUAAGCUUUCUGUUGAUAUGCGAUUUGCAUGCGUUUACAUCUUUCUUCGGCAAAAUUUUCCCUUGUACUUUUACUCUCUGUUUCACGCACACUGAGUUCUCAGUCCUUCAAGAAAAAUUGAGUAUUUUUGUCGAAAAUUUUCUCGCUGGGAAACGUAUUAUUGCCAGGUAUGUUAUCGUAAACAGAAGACCUGAAACCUCGGCUGUGUUUUCCUCGUUUUGGUUUUUUACCGGAUGCCUCUGCUUCUUAGAGAUUUUUGCGUUUAUAUGGUUCGCUGAGCGGUUUACAUGGGGAGCAAGUCACGAAGAAAGAGCACUACAUCGAAUAAAUGCAAGUCAAAUUUUCCUGUUGGGGAGCUCAGUAAGCGGAGGGCUACUCUUCGAGCGGAGUACCUUUCGAAAUCAAAGGAAAUUUGUACCUUAAAAAAAGGCUUCAGCGACUCAAGAAUAAGGUAAGUUUAGCUUGAAAAAGGUUUUUUUAGUGAAAGGAGAGGACUACCGUGUGGCACGAAAAUUUUGCGGGUUCUUAUUUUUGCGAUUUUUCCAUCGAUCCGCUAAAAUUUACUUCAGAGUAAAUGUUCUCUAAGUUAAAUUCGCUACAUUCAUUUCGUACAGAAGAAGUGGGAAGAAGUUGAUAAAAUAUCAAGCAAACUCAUCUUGUGUGAUCAUGUCCGCAAUUCUCAUGACCACUCUGUUUAACAAAGUAUUUAUAUUACAAGGAGAAAUUUGAUGCUGAUCAUUCAUAGGGCUUAAAGGGUUAACUUAUGUUCUUGGACUUUCAGAAAACUCGCAUAAAAGAAAAUGUUGAUUUGGUAAAAGUUGAUCUUCCCGCUGUCAAGACUAAAAGAAGGUUAGUUUUUGAAGUGACAGCUAACACAUCCACUCUAAGAAAAAAAAAAGUCCAACUGUGCUCACUGAUGAGGGAAAGCUAAACGUGCCGCAGCGAAGUGCCAGCAGAAGACAACUUGAAACGUUGGUUGCAGCAACAGAGGUAAAUGGCGGAUCUGUUGAAGACAGGUCCCCAGCCUUGGAUGGCAUGUUUUCUACACUGACUAAAUAUGCGAAGACAGCAGCUCUAUCUAAAUACUUUUCUUCAUCAAAAAAGAUGAGAAAAGCUAGUCUAGCAGUAAUAAAACCUCAGGUUAAGCAGUAUGAGCAAAGUGAUCAUAAUGUCAUUCGUUCACUUUCUAUGCUUUAUGCAGGAGGAUUGAUGGAAAAGGUAAAAUAUGAACAAACAAGAUCAGCUCUUGUUAUGAAGAAUACUAAGAAACACACCAAGAAACUAGGUUCUGUGUCAAAAGAAAGAGUUUUGUUUGGUAUGGGUAUCCCAUUCCUAAACUCCUUCCCUAUCGGUUGUUGAUGAAAAAAAUUGAAGAAAUUGACGUUGGGGAAUUUUAUUCAAUAAGGGAAACCCUAUGCCACGAUCUUCCACCUGAUCAGCAGGUUGAUGGGGUCUGUAGAAACCUGGAGAACUUUUUACUUCUGCUGGCCAAGUUCUGUUUUGAGACUGAUCAGUACAGGAAACCUGGGGAUAAGCUGGUGUGGUUCAGUGAGAGGGAGGGAGCAUUUAAGGUUGCCAUAGGGGGUGAUGGGGCUCCUUUUGGGAAAUGGGAUCAAUCUAUGUCAUGGCUGAUACGUUUUUUGAAUGUGGGGCCCAGGGUAGCUAGUCCCAGUGACAAUUUUUUGCUUUUUGGAGCUAAUUGUAAGGAGGACCACAUGGUUGUUUCUCGUUUUACAGUGAAACUUGCUACAGACAUGGAAAAAAUAGAGAGCAAAUCUUACACAGUAUUGGGUAAGAAUGUCACCUUUUCUUUUGAUCUCCUGCCAGGAGAUAUGAAACUCCUUGCAUAUAUAAAUGGGGAAUUAAGUAAUGUGGCUAAAUAUUUUUCUAGCUUUGCUAAUGUCUCCAAAGAUGACUGUAAUGCACUGAAUGGGAAGUAUGGAGAAUCUCAUGAUUGUAAGUGGAAGCCUUGGCAGCAUGCAGAAAGAAUCAAUGUUGCAAAACAGGUUGAAGAUUUCAAGAAAAAAAGUACCUAGUCAUUUAGCAGUAUCAACAAAGAGAUCCAAAGUAACUCAAUUUAUUGCUGUAAAAAAAAUUCAGACAAGAAUUCAAACCAUUGAUUGGUAAGCUAUGUGACAAGGAAGUUGUUGAACCACUUCACCUUAAGAAUAAUGGUGUCCAACAUUUUCAUGCAAUGUUACUUGAUCUCGCUAUUUCUGUAAGUAACCUCCCCAAAAAAUUAAAUAGCCUUGAUGAUUUGACCUCCAAUUUGGCAAUGUCCAGGUAUUUAAAGGCCAUGGAACAAGAUGUUAAAGCAGGGAGAAUGAAAAAACAACUAGGUAGGUGGCUCCUUGAGGAUAGAGCUAAAAAUAAAGACUUCACUUACAGGUUAACUGGUAAAGAUUCGCGCCUAAUCUUGCAUGGCUUUAUGUAUCUAGUGAAAGCAAUUCAGGGUGACUCAAAUGAUCCCAAGUUGAUAAUGCGACUUCUGCCAAUUGUCUUCAUUGGUAUUCGACUCAGGGUUUUUAGGUAUGGUAAUAAAGAUGAAACAAAGGAAAAAUAAAAAUUACUUGAGAUAAAAAAAACUAACUACAACAUAUAUAUAUAUAUAUAUAUAUAUAUGUGUUGCUACCUCAACUCAUUAGUAACUGUAUAGAAAACACUGUUCCCUCUUCAAUGAUGAAGGAUACCAAAGGCAUUCCAAUGGCCAUAAUGGAAUUUCAAUUCCAACAUUUCUUCUUUAUAUUUAUAUUUCAUAAUUCCAUUCUUCCUUUCAUCAACAAUGAGUUCACUUCCCCUUUUCCAACUCCUAGCUUCUUUGUGAAUCCUUGGCAGUCCUCAAAUUCAUUAAAUAAGGCACACAGUCUUUUCAUACUUGAGAAUGUUAUUGUGACUGAAUAAGGCUGCUCCAAAACAUCUACACCAAAACGUGUAAGAUUUACAACCCCUUUAUUCAAUAAAUUGAACACUUCCUGUGGCAUCGGGACGUCAAAACAAAUCAUCCAAGGAUGGAUUUUACUCAUCCGCGGACUAAGUCGGCGAUAAAUGCCAUUCUUAGCACGUAUCAUUGUGCGCUCCAACAUGGAAGAUAUGGGACAAAUUUCAUGCUGAUAUCGAUCCCGAAGGGGACCGUAUUUUCCCUUCACAACAGCCUCGGCCACUUUCCCUAGCACUUGAAAAGUUUGAUCUAGAUCUCUCAGCUUAUGUACAUUUGAAAUCCGCCGGGAAAAAUUCGACUUCUGGCGAUUUAAUGCUCCUUUAAUGCCACUAAUAACUUCCACUUGGUCAGGUUCCCUUUGAGCCGCCAUUUUUUUUUUUUGAUUCACAUGGACCCAAUCCUCCGCGCGGCCGCGAAAAGUUGGCCGAAUUUUAGGUCAAAAUUUCCAAGCGUGGUCUGUUAUCUAAGUUUUGUUUUGCCAGUGUGUCUUAAGAUCAUUGAAGUACAUCCUUAACUUCAGUCCCAGUGUUCUACCUAAAUUUUAGCUCAGCAGGUAAUGGACCAAUCCUGGCCGGUUAGGCAAAAAAUAUGCGCCAGAGGCACAAUUUCCUGCGAGAGGAAGGGGGGGUUAGUGGAGUGAGGAACAUUGACCCCCCUUGCAGGAAAAUUUUGGAGCUAAGUUCUCUGAAACGUCAUUCCCUUAUUUUAAGACCUAAAUUUACUUAAUGCGAAUCAAACUGUUGUAAUAUUUAGACAACAUUUUAAAACGUUUGAUUCCAAUAGUUUUACCACUGCCUUGAAUGUUCUCUUUCUAAAAACAAAGGCUGCGGUAUACUUUAUUACUUUUCAAUAUACCGGUAUUCAUUCAUUCCUUGUGAGAAUCGGAUGGGAUCACAACUUGCUUUAUUUUUUAAAACAACUAAUUUGAUGUGAGUAAACUUCCAAGCAGUUUUAGGCGGUAAGAAGUGUUGCUUUAAGCUGUAAAAUUUACCGGUUACUAACUGAUAAGGAGAACACUUUAGUCCUUAGUUAUUUUGUAAUUAGAUAUUAAACUGGAAAUGUACUUCACUCUCUUAGGAGGGUGCAUUUAUUUAUUAAUUUCUUAUCACAGAUCAGCCUGAAUUUACAGCACACCCACAGAGUCAGACACUGGUGCAAGGAUCAAGUGUAGCCCUUUCAAGUGAUGCAAAUGGUGUUCCUGAACCAACAUUUUCUUGGACCAAAGAUGGAUCUGCUGUAACUGCCGACAAUAGAAUCAGUUUAUCAGCAGAUAACAAAAACCUGAGUAUUACAAAUGUUAAUAGUACAGACAGUGGAGAAUAUAGAUCUGUGGCUGCCAACAGUGUGGGCACAGUUAACUCCAAUGCUGCUAUGUUAACAGUACAUUGUAAGAAAACAUUUACUAACUUUUUACUUAAACCCAAUUGUGCAAUCCUGUAGCACUAAAUAACCAUCGUUUUACACACCCUCCACUGCUACUUUCCUGGAUUAUCGUGUGGCACGAAAUUUUUGCGGGUUCUGAUUUUUACGAUUUUUCCAGCGAUCCGCAAAAAUAAGUUCCCGCAAAUAACAAUUACCUCAAACACUUUUCCCGCAAAAAUUUACUCCGGAGUAAAUUUUCUCUAACUUAAAUUCGCUACACAAAAAUAUAGUACUAAGAAAUUGUGUCUGUUAAAUUACAUAGGGUACGAAUAGCGUAGUACUGUUUAGAAAUAAUAUUUCUUUUCCACGUACUUAACAAAAACGAAAAUAUUAUCAAUGCUGGGCACUGGGUACUUUCUGAAAAUCGCAAAAAUUAAUUCCCAGCAAGAAAAACCAGUUUGUUUUAGUCGCAAAAAUUAGUUCCCGCAAAACACAAAAAAUGGCCAAUCUGCCAAAAUAAACUCCCACAUAAAUUUCGUGCCACACUGUAUCUCAGUCACUCCAUAUGAGCACAGCCGAUCUUCCGUAACAUAGAGGAAAGAAAAAAGGGCCUCUACUUUGAUUACCUUUCGCUUUUCUUUUAUACAAAAUCAAAAAAGUUGUGCAAUGCUAGAAAACACAUUUUUUUUAUGUUUUUUGCUAAGGGGCAAACUGCAGUGUUGGUUACACAUGUUGGUUAGUAAUUUUAACCCCGGCCAAACCCAGUUUUUGUGGUCUUGGAGUAAUGUCCAGACUACUACACCUUUUGCUGUUUAUUAAGACAAAAUAGGCAGUCAUUUGCGUGAAAGGGUGAGGCAAUAGCGCGCAGAUACAUUCAUUAACGCGAAAAACCGAACAUUUGCACAUAAAUGACAUUCAAUUACGAUUUUUGCAUUUUAAUCAACAUUCACUAACAUUUUGGGACACUCGUAUGUGUCAUUCAGCACACAAAAGAGAAAGAUAUACUUUCAUUAAGGCCAACAUCCAAGUCAUUUACACCAUCUUGAAAGUCUAUAGGGACAUAAGACAACCAUUAAAGUGCAAACACUACUCAUUAACAUUUUUAUUUCACUGUUUGCAAUUCAAUAGCAUUCCUGGACGGCGUUAUGACGGUUAAGACAAACAUUAAUGCGCUUGAACAAUCAAUUGAGCAAUUGAACAAUUAAUUCAAUCGAUUUUCAAUUGAAAAAUAGAAAUUCCAAAAAAAUUGGCCAGAAUUUUUACGCUACCUGGUUUAAAGAACCACGACGUACUGUGCCCCUCUGUGUUUGGCCUAGACUGCGGCUAUACAUUUACGAUUUGGACGGCCAGAAGUCAUGAUAGGGAGCGACAGGGAGAGAGGGCGUACCGCCAAGGACGAAACUUGACUAUGACCAUGGCAAUACAUGUACAUGUAUCACCUAUCAAUGUUUUCCUCAGCAGCUGGUGGUGUAAUGAAUGCUGUUUCGGUUAUUCGGUAACUUCCCGGCAUGAGCGAGGACAAAUAUGGAUCCCCACGGGUGGGUGAUCUUUGGGUAUGACAGUGCUGCCCCACCCAGAUCUGGCCAUUCCCGCCUCAUACGUACACAGUAUAUGCUCCCCCCUCUCGACAAUGUGGAAUAGGCACAUAUUACAUGUAAGCCGUCUGAAAGCGACAAUGAAGGCCGACAUAUCGCGUCCGGAAAUUCAAAGAUGUAUGGAUAACAGGAAUGAGACAAAAGCCCUAAAAAUCCCAAUAGGGGAGUUUCGCACACAACAACUGCUUGAAGCACUGCGCAGAAACAUAGACACUGUGACCGCAGCUAAAUGUGCUAAUGGUUACCACUUCGUGCAAACUUACCUGCCAAGAUGCAAAAUGUUUAAAUAGAGAGUUUAUUGAGGGAUAUAAUUGACUAAAAUCCAGGCCAAAUUUGUUUGAAUUUAUAUUAUUUUUUUGAAAAUCGAUUUUUGUGCAUUAAAUGUAAGGAACACGCAAUUAACCAUCGUAAGGCCGUCCAGGAAUGCUAUUGAAUUGCAAACAGUGUCAUAAAAAAUAGUUAAUGAAUAGUGUUUGCACUUUAAUGUUUGUCUUAUGUCCCUACUGACUUUUAAGAUGGUGUUAAUGACUUUGAUGUUGGCGUUAACGAAAGUAUAUCUUUCUCUUUUGUAUGCCGAAUGACGCAUAUGAAUGCCCAAAAGUGUUAUUGAAUGUUGAUUAAAAUGCAAAAAUCGUAAUUGAAUCUGAUUUAUGCGCAAAUGUUCGUUUUUUCGCGUCCAUGAAUGUAUCUUAACGCUAUUGGUCGCCGUUUCAUGCAAACGAAUGCGUAUUUUCUCGUAAUGAACAGCAAAAGGUGUACUGCUUAGGUCAUCACUCACUCUUUCAAUCAAUACAUUGACCGUGAGCAUAGAACAUCUCAGUGUCACAUGUACUUUUAAAAACUUUAGCUACAAUCAUUGUCAAAAGUGUUGGGUAGGCUACUUUUUUUACGUCUUUUUUUCUUUCCUUCUCCCGCCCCUGGCCCAAUGUUGAGGAAAACGUUAAUGUUUGUGCACGUAAUUGUUCUGUUAUAUCCCAACAUUGAAUAGAGGGUCGGGGAUAUUUAGGAAAAGAGAAACUCUCAUUUUUUGAGGAUUAAAAUGGACUACUGUUAAAUUGUUCAACCUUCCCAACUACGUUUGUCUGGGAGUGUAGUUGCCUUUGUCAGCACAUCUAGCAAUCUGUUAUUACUUGGGCAGAGCGCCAAUUAAAGGAUUUGCGACGCCCAGGGAUGUCCCAAAGUUGCUGCCUUAUGUCCCGAAGUGAGAGCGGAAUUAGUUUGGAUAUCUCGAGAUCACUUUGAGUUGUCUGAUUUAUUCUUUGUUCGAGGAAGAAACAAUAAUUAUUUUUGGCUUGUCCUGGGUUUGAACCGGCUCACCUGUGACCCGUCAGAUCAGUGAGACUCUAAGUUGAGGGAUUAGCUGAAUGCGCGACUGCGACCCAAGGUAGAGAAAAAUGGAUAUAAAAUUAUACACUAGCUUCGGGUCAAGUUAGUGGCUUUUCGGCAUGUUUCUGCUACAAUAAAUCUUUUAAUUUAUUCGAGGAAUAAUAAGUUACUUGUUUUGGCUUACCCGGGGUUUGAACCGAUUCACCUGCCACCCGUCAGAUCAAAGGGUAUCUAGAAAACGCAUGUCCUCGAAAACACAGACCGUAGACCGUAGACCUCAAAAAACGCAGACCUCGAAAAUGCAGACCACGAAAACGAAGACCUCGAAAACGGCAGAACUACAAGUCUUAUUUAAGAUUUAGACACAUUUGGUGAAAACAACCAACUUUGCUUUUUUUUUCUGUUUGAUGUUUAACUAUAUUGGGUUUGAGUUCGGUGCGAAUAUGGCUGGACAGGCAACAGUCGAACACACUCGAAAUGGAGAAGUGGCUACCAGUUCAUAACAUUUGUUGGUAGUCGUGUGGGUUCGCAAUUCGUUGAGCCAGUUUACGUUAGGAAUUCCAAGGAAAAGUUCGAGCUAUUUGCAUACUAAACAACGUCAACUAUGGCUCCAAUCUUUUUCACCCAUAUCAACCAACCAAACGUUAACAACAUUGCGGCAUUCACACGUGCCGGACACAAAAAAAUCCUCUCAUACGCGUGAUACAAGGACGCCCAAGUGUACGCUCUGAUAGCGUCUUUUUCUUUUUGAAAUCAUUGUUACCAAACUAAACUCUGUUUGGUCACUGUUCCAAACCUUGAAAUUUUUUUGGUUUCACAAUCGUAUAUCAUUAGCUUCAGUCCUGAUUUAUUAUGGUAACUAUCUAGUAAACUGAAAAUGUGCAUCAAUCUGAUUAAGGGGUGCAUUUGGUCAUUCAUUUCUUAUUACAGAUCAGCCUGAAUUCACUAAACACCCACAGAGUCAGACUCUGGUGCAAGGAUCAAGUGUAACCCUUUCAAGUGAUGCAAAUGGUGUUCCUGAACCAACAUUUACUUGGACCAAAGAUGGAUCUGCUGUAAUUGCCAACAAAAGAAUCAGUUUAUCAGCAGAUAACAAGCAACUGAGUCUAACAAAUAUGAAUAGUACAGAUACUGGAGAAUACAGAUGUGUGGCUACCAACAGUGUGAGGACAGUUUACUCGAAUGCUGCUACGUUAACAUUACAAGGUUAG